AUAAGGGAUCUGUCCCUAUGGCCCCCACACCUCCCACCAGGCCCCACCUCCAACACUGGGCAUCACAAUUCAACAUGAGACUUAGAGGGGGCAACAUACAAACUGUAUCAGGUGGAGCCCCAUGACGGGACUAGUGCCCUCAGGAAGAGGAAGAGAUUCCAGAACUUUCUCUCUGUGUCACUUGAGGACACGGCCGGAAGGCAGCCCUGCCUGGACCUUGAAGCUGGACUUCCAGCCUCCAGAACUGUUGAUCGAAGCUGGCAGAGGAUAGAAGAGCUCUGUGGCCGAGUGAGCUGUUUCUGGAGCCAGAUGCGUCUUUGGCGGAGCCUGAGGUCCCCUGCUACUACUGGGAACGUUGCUAACACAAUCUGCCUAACUGGCACCCUUUCCUGGUGUGGGAGAAGCACAGUUGACAGCCAGUGUUUUGGUGGCAAGAGGCCAAGACGAAUUGACAGAACUUCCAAAACACUUUGCAAAGACAGCGAGUGCACAAAGCUGCAGCUCACAGCCUUGUCCCGUGGCCGGGAGACAGGAUGCAUGCUGAGCUGCUGGGAGGAGGGACAGGAGGAAAAGUGCCUGCAGCUGCAGGAGCACCCACUUGAGAUGCCUCCUGUGUUCAAUCAAGUUCAGAGUAAUUGCUUCCUCACUCCUCCUGGCAAAACUGUUCAACUUGGCACAGUGACAGCUCCUUGUAGAGUUUUUCCAGCUGAUGUCAUUCUUCCUAAGGUCUGCUAGGGUCCCAGCUAACACGACUGUGUUGCACUGGCAUCCAGACCUCCACCAGGAGCAAUUCAAAGGCCUAUUUUUGUGAAUAUGUGGCAAAGAUCCCAGGCUCCAUGGAGGCCUUUUGCACUGGGGACAUGCUGGAAAAUUAAGCCCCACAGGUAACUACCUACCUGAACAGCAUGAGACCAGCUGAUUAGAAGACUGAAUGGGCAGAUCCGUGGAAGGGACUGAGUGAGCACUACCAUCGAGCAUUCUUAUAAGCUAAGUGAGACUGCAAGAGUCAGGGGCCACUGUGCACAAUUGUGUGAGCUAUGUUUUGCAGCAGGUGUCUGGGGAGCUCAAAUCCACCCACAAAGGGAAGCCUUUCUGACUUGUACAAAGGGCCAUAAGUGGUGGCUCGAACCUGAGGCUCUACCAUGCAGUGAGUGUGGGGAUGUGGAGAUGGGUACACAGGAAUUGACAAUCGAGAGAGAGGAAGAAACUAACAUCAGGCAGCACGUUAACUGUGAAAGCAAACUAAAUAUGGCCUGAGAAAGACUCCGUACUUCUAUAUUUGAGUCCUCGCGGAUGAACUGUAGCCUAGCUUAAUAGGCGGACAAAAUUGCAAACAUAACCUGGUAGUAUGCACCUCCAACAGUAGCUAAGUCUUGGCCAACCCCAGCGGCCAUACUCAACCAACCAUACACUGCUGAGUGUUCAAACUGUGUUCAAAUAAGGCAUACGCCGAGCUGUAACCAAUCCAGCUGUUUUAUACUUCACUUCUAAUUUCUGUACAUCAUUCCCCCCCCACCUUUUUUUGUCUAUAAAUCUUCUCCACCUGGCUGUGCUGGAGUCUCUGUGAACCUGCUGUGAUUCUGGGGGCUGCCCAAUUCUCAAAUCGAUCAUUGCUCAAUUAAACUUUAAAUUUAAUUC